AUGGCCAGCGACGAGGCCAGAAAGGAUGCGGCGGUUACCUGUCGCAUCUACCUGGCCGCUGCCGUUGGUGCACUGGCCCUGGCCGUCCUCAUCGUAUCGGCGUUCACCAUGACAUCACCUGCGGCGAAAUACCAACAAGUGGACGAAGAGGGCGCCACGACUAUGCGCAUCUACCAUGUGAACAUGGAGCCGAGAGAGGCCACGAAGCAAGAAACGGCGUCGCGCAAGGCCGUGCCCAACGCCACCGCGUCGCCAACGAAGACAACAACACCGGACAGCGCUGAAAUGGAGACCAUAGCGAACAUAAAGUUCGCAGAAUUUCCUCGGAAGAAGAGUGAUCGCCCAUCGCGCACGAAGGCGACACCGAGAAGCUUGGCCGUGCCCAAGACCAGCGAAGCGCCGCCUGCAGAUGACGAGGCCCCGCCCGAGACCAAAGCACUGUCGUCUGAACGCGAUGACGCCCGGCCGACGUCUAAGGCCGGUUCAGCUGCCGUAACUACGGUUUCACGUGAGCCGAAAACACUGACUACAGUUCAGCCGAACAGCAUGGCGGACGGUCGAGGCCGAUCAGGCGGUGGCAGCGCAGCGCGCGGUCAGCCUAAGCGUCGUCCCGUGCCGGCCGUCGGUGCCGGGCGAAGGACGCCAACUGAGUCGACGCCUCGCCCGAAACGCGUCCCUAUCAAGAACGGUGCGCCUGCGGAAACAACAAAGCCCCCACCACCAGCCAAUGUCGGCAAGCCGUCACCUCCCGCCGUAGCAGGUAAACAGCCACCUCCUGCCAAAGCUGGCAAGCCACAGCCUCCGGCUACGGCCGGUAAGCCAUCACGUCCAGCCGUAGCCGGCAAGCCGCCGCCUGCAGCUGCGACAAUCAAGCCACCUCCUCCUCCUGGCGUCGCCGGUAAAUCACCAUUUCCAGCCAUAGCGGGCAAGCCAUCAGCAACAGCUGAUACGCCACCACCUCCAGCUAAGGCGGGAAAGCCGGCGCCGCCCCCAGCCAUAGUCGGCAAGCUGCCGAUUCCGGUCUCGACACAGCGACCCCUCCACGACGGUGAUCAGACGAAAGCCACCACGCCGGCAGCCAAGCCGGAGCCGGAGCCAGACGCGACGACAAAAGCUGACGCAGCUGGACUCGGCACCAGCAGCGUACCCGCUGGCGGUUCCGGUGCCGCCGGCGGACACCACGUGGUUGAACCCGAUGGAAAACCCGAGCCCGAAGUUAAGAGGCCCGACGAGGACGACGAAGACGAAGAAGACGACGGGAUGAGCUUCGAAGAGCGCAUAGUUCCGCCAGGGCUGACCGGACGCGGUGACGAAACCGGCGAUCACGGCGUCGAGCACGUAAGGCCCGACCGCCAGACGGCGCGCCAACCAACGGCCCCUCCUGGCGAGGCAGCGCACCGGAAUGAUGCCGACGUCACUCCUGGGGCGGAAACGAGCUCUGCCACCAAAGGAGAAACCAGCGGCGAUUACGACGACGACGACCGACCAGGCAUCGUGGGAGGUCUCAAGAAAGAACAUCCGUUACACUGGGACAAACGGAAAGCGCUGUUGCUAUGCACGGUCGGCUCCACCCUGACGGACGAGGCCGUGUACCCGGUCAAGGAGAAACUCUGCGACCACUACGUCUUCACCCACGUGACCGUGUUGGGGUCCGAGCUGGGUACAAACUACGGCAUCAGCGCCUACAUGACGUUUCGCAAGAUGGCGCAAGAGAACGAGUUCCGCGGAGGCGUCCGUUUCGGAGUCAGCCUGUCGCCGGCGUACGUGGAGUCUCAGUCCGAGUACCGGCCCGCCUUCGGGGGCAUGAUGCAGCGGCUCGCCGACGAGUACGCCGUCGACUCCUUCGGGGUGCUCGGGGCCAAAGUGUCGCACAUGGGGCUCAGGCCGGGUCUGCCCGCCACCAACUGGAUCGCGGGCAUGUCGAAGAGCAUGGACCGCCUUCCCGCCAGGAACCACCUGUUCGUGGGGCUGGUGCUGGAGGCGCACUACCCAUCCCUCCGCCUCGACAGCGUCCGCCAGCAGACACUCGCCGAAACGCUCCGGUCGCAAACGGAGGCGCUCAGAGUGGACACGCUGGUGCUCAUCACGCACCUGUGGGACGCGACGUCGCUGCAGAGCUCGGAAUCGUGCCGCACGCAGCCGCCCUCGCUCUGGAUGCGGGCAGCCACCCACGACGACACCAGCAAACCCACCAUGCCAGACCUGGAAACGUCUGCGCACAUCCUGGGCUUCUUCAAGUCCAACGUCACCCGGACCUUUCUGUCCAUGACCAUGGCAGUACUGAGGUACCGCAUGGAGGAGAGCGCCUCCCAGUCCGCCUACUUGAUGGGCGUGCCUUGCGUCGAGGGUCACCCGACGUCGUUCGCCGAGACCUGCUCGAGCGUUGUGCGGCGGGGAACGCACGGAGGCUUUGACGGCCGCAGCCUCACACCGUGGUUCGCCAAGAAAGGGGCCAUGUUCGCCUACGAGGACCGAAGCUCCAUUGCAGCCAAGAUGAAGGGCUGCCUGCACGUGUUGCGAAGCCUGGGCGAGCUACGCGUCGGCUGGGCGCUGUUCGACAUCGAGCAGGAGCUGCUCCGCGCCGAGGACUGCGACCUCGAGCUGGUCCGACCGGCCGCGCACGGCCGCAUCAGGACGGUCAGGGCUAUCCUGGACGCCCUGGGGAGGACGGCGAACCCGCACGCCCGCCGACGGAGAAGGCGGAGAUGACGGCGCCCAUGGCUCUUUGCUCAACACGACAUACAAUGCAGCCAAACCCCGCAAACUUCCUUCGGAUCUGCUGCUUCUCUGCCGUGCCUUUUUAAGGCGACAGCCUUACAUGGGUCACUGGUUUGAAAAAUCCGUUGUCAGGCGUUAUGGCACCAAAAUUCAUGGUGCCACCAUGUGUUGUUGCCACCAUGGUGCCCCCAACAAAGAU